AUGCCUAUCACACUUCGAACCGCUGCCCAUCCUGCUCGAGCCUAUAAAAGGAACGAUGCGGUAGCGUCCCCCACGGAACUCCUACAACGCUCUUGUCGAACCGACUACAACCGCUGCAAACAGGUAAUCCAGUCCUCCAUCCAAAUCCCAGAGAACGCCCAAGUUCUCGCCUCUUCAAACGGCUUCGUCCGAGCGGUCUAUCAGGCCUACAGCAAUCAUCACCACCUGAAAAUCCGCCCGGAAGACGUCUGGUUUUCCAUCAUAGCCCAACUAAGCACGCACAUCAACGCGCACGCCGAGGAGCUGCGGCCGUUCUUCGUCGCGCACGAGGGCCGGAAGGAGCUGGAAGUCGUCGAAGCGGGAACCAUCGCCAGCGUGGACUUCGGCGAGCUGGCGAUCCGGAUGACGAACGAGAUCAAAAAGAACGUCGUCGAUCCGGAUCUGACGGCGUGGAUUAUGCCGGACUUUACUACGACGACGCACACUGAUACGGUGACAGCCGCGGUUCUUAUGAUGGGCGCUCUGCAGGAGUAUUUCAAGUAUUCCGCUCUUCUGACCUGUGGGAUACCCUCCGUGACUCUCCUUGGCGAGAGAGAAGACUGGGUUAAGAUCCGGCGUCGUCUGGAGUAUUUACCCCGACUGGGAAAGGAGCCAGCGCAGUUCGCACACCUUUUAACUGCGGUGCUCGACUACUUCAUUCGCUCAUUUGACGAACCGACUAGUCCCGAGGUGCUGUCUUUCUGGUCCAGGGUAGCACACCGGGAAGGCGGCUCGGGCGUUGAGUAUCUUUCAGGAUGGAUCACCGCUUUUACCUUCUGGAAAGUUAACGGGGAAUGCAUGUACACCUCACCGGUGGUUCCUUUUGACUCAGAUACAUCAGACACAUGCGGUUGUAAUCUCGAUGGCACCUUGUUUCAUACCAUCGAUAUGUCUGAUAUCCCGGACGCGUUCUCCUCGGUCCCGCUUACAGUAGAUGAUAAUGGAGUUAUACAUAAUACGAGAUUAGUGGCCGGUUCUAUCGGAAUAUCUGUCUCUAGUAGUGGGGAACUACUCGAAUCAGAAUCCUCAUAUUUCAAACCUGGGAGGCCUGAACUUAGCGACAAGACGGGCCCGGAUACACUCCAACCAGUUUCCGGUUGGUGGAUAUAUGAGCUUUUAGAAGGGAAUACUUAACUUACGGAGGUAGGUAGGCACCUAUAUGAAAAGGACGACGGUAAAGGCUUACGAAACGGGUUCCUCUUUAUCAACCCGAUUCUAUUUAUAAAGCUUCCAUAAAAUAUAAUGACGUCGCCGUAAGAAGAGUUUUAAACCGUUUGACUAUAUUUAU